AUGCCUCGGAAGCGGAUAUCUAAUCUAUCGAAAAAUUCGUCCCGGGCCCGUGCAGCUAAAGUUGCCCGUAAUCACGAAUCUUCGUUUGACGCAGAGCUGAGAAGACAACAGCAAGCACAGCGACAAAGUGUUUUGAGAGCAGCUGAAACGCCUCUUCGGUGGCGAGUUCAAUCAGAAAGAAACUCUUGCUUUCAAAUGACAUCCUUUGGAGUUGAUAAAGUGAUCAGAAUGCCCGGAAUUUCACCAACUUUUACGGUACAAGGUCAGAUAUAUCAUCAAAUUGGAUCACUAUUUCCAGAAGGUAAUGACCAGCAUAAAUUUUUACAUGUUUAUUUUAUGGGUGAUGAACAAAAUGAAGUAAACCGUCGUUUCCAGUAUAUUGAAGGAGUAGAAAGAGAAACAGUAUUGAAAAUUCAACGAAUAUUACAGUCACAAUGUUUUGGUGAAGAUAUUUAA